UUGGAGGCUGGCUCUUGUACUGUCAUGCAUAUUUGAAAGCAAGAAGCCUAGCUACCCCAUGUAAAGAAACUCAUCAAUUGCCAUGGCUUCCCAAGCCCAUCACCUUCACUUUGUCUUGUUUCCUUUGAUGGCCCAAGGCCACAUGAUCCCCAUGAUAGACAUUGCUAGAAUGUUGGCACAACGGGGUUUGAUUAUCACUGUGGUCACCACAUCACAUAAUGCAGCCCGUUUCAAAACAACUUUUUCUCGUGCUGUAGAGUCCGGUCUCCAAAUCCAAUUAAUUCAACUCCAGUUCCCAUGUGAAGAAGCAGGAUUACCAGAAGGGUGUGAGAAUAUCGACAUGCUACCUUCAAUAGACUUGGCCUUGAAUUUCUUCACCGCAAUUGACAUGCUACAUCAGCCAAUGGACAAGUUGUUCCAAAAUCUGACACCCCAGCCAAGUUGCAUAAUCUCUGACAUGUGUUUACCAUGGACAGCAGAUCUUGCUAUCAAGUUUCAUGUUCCGAGGAUUUCUUUCCAUGGAAUGUCUUGCUUCUGUCUCUUAUGCAUGAGCAAUUUACGCAUUUCCAAGGUUCAAGAGAGCAUAACUUCAGAAUCUGAGUACUUUGUUGUGCCUGGCUUGCCUGACCAAGUUGAAGUAACUCAAGCCCAGCUCCCAGGGCUGCUGACUCCAAAUUUGAAAGAGUUUAGUGAACGAAUGGCAGCAGCUGAAAUGGCAUCCUAUGGAGUAAUUAUGAACACAUUUGAAGAGUUGGAGCCUGCAUACAUCAAAGAAUACAAGAAGGCAAGAAAGGGUAAAGUCUGGUGUGUUGGCCCUGUUUCACUAUGCAACAAAAACCACUUGGAAAAGGCUCAGAGAGGAGAUAAGGCCUCAAUGGAUGAAUACCAAUGCAUGAAGUGGCUUGAUUCAUGGGAACCAAGAUCUGUGGUCUAUGUUUGUCUUGGAAGCCUUUGCAAUCUGAUACCUUCCCAACUGAUAGAGCUUGGGAUGGGCUUAGAAGCAUCAAAAAGACCAUUCAUUUGGGUUAUAAGGGGAGGAGAUAAGUUAGAAGAAUUGGAAAAGUGGAUUAAAGGAGAUGGAUUUGAGGAAAGGAUCAAAGGGAGAGGCCUCUUAAACUGGGGUUGGGCUCCCCAGGUACUUAUACUAUCACACCCUGCAAUUGGAGGGUUCUUAACACAUUGUGGCUGGAAUUCAACAAUAGAAGGGAUAUGUGCAGGCAUUCCUUUGGUUACUUGGCCGCUAUUUGCAGAUCAGUUUUUGAAUGAGAAACUUGUUGUGCAAGUGCUGAAAAUUGGUGUUAGGAUUGGGGUAGAGGAUCCUGUAAAGUUGGGAGAGGAGGAGAAGAUUGGAGUGUUGGUGAAGAAGGAAGAUGUUAAGAGGGCCAUAGACAGGCUGAUGGAGGGAGGAGUGGAAAGAGAAGAAAGACAAAAAAGAAGUAGAGAGCUCAGUGAGAUGGCAAAGGGAGCUGUGGAAGAAGGGGGAUCUUCUGACCUCAACAUGAAAUUACUAAUCCAAGAUAUCAUGGAACAAGCAAGCUAGUGGCGGAAAUCAGAAGUAAUAUUGCAUGCACGUAUGUAUGUUAAGAGUAAGAGGGAAUUUUCUUCAUUACAUAUGUAAAGUUGCUUCUUUUGUCUCGUUUAAUUACAAGAUUUUGUGACUUUGUAUGACAA